AUGGACAACACAUCUGUAACAGUAUUUACCAUGACUGCGUAUGCUGUAAUGGAAAAAAACAAGUACCUGCAGUUUUCUAUAUUUAUGUUGUUGUAUAUUUUGAUAAUCUCUUUCAAUUUUCUGCUGAUUGCUGUGAUAUGCUGUCAGAGAGCUCUGCAUCAACCCAUGUAUGUGUUCAUAUGUAACUUAGCUGCUAACGGACUAUAUGGCAGCACUGGAUUUCUUCCCUCUACUCUGAUUCUACUUUUGUCUGAGACAUAUGAGAUAUCAUUGCCGUGGUGUCUAAUACAAAUCUAUUGGGUACAUACAUAUGCAGCGGUUGAAUUUCAUAUUUUGGCUGUCAUGGGAUAUGACCGGUAUGUUGCCAUCUGUUAUCCACUACAUUAUCACAGCAUCAUGUCUAUUCCCAAGAUUUGUAAACUUAUUGCAUUGGCAUGGCUAUAUCCUUUUUCUCUCUUUCUGAUGUACUUCUGCUUGACUUUGAGGUUGAAGUUUUGUGGGAGGUUCAUACAUUUUAAAUUGUUUUGUGUCAAUUUUGAAUUGGUCAAAAAUGCGUGUUCUCCCACAUCUUACCAUAGUAUUGUAGGACUUGUGCUAAUAGCUUUCAUUAUGAUCCCCCAGCUCCUCAUGAUUAUAUUCUCAUAUGCACACAUUUUCAGGGUCUGUCUGAAAUCCUCAAAAGAAUCUCAGGUCAAAGCACUGAAAACGUGCUUCCCUCAUUUACUUUCAGUAAUAAACUACUCUAUUGGAGGKUUUUUUGAAAUUGCUCAAAGUAGAUUUGACAUGAGUGGGACAUCUUUUAAGUUUCGGAUCAUCAUGUCACUAUACUAUACAUUGCUUACACCAUUGAUAAACCCUGCAAUUUACGGAAUGGCCAAUCAAACCAUCAGAAUGCACAUCUUAAAAAUAUACCGUGCGUCUAACAGGCUGGCCUCCUGUUAAAAAUGGGUUAAACACAGUUCUAGUCCUGUAGACAAAGUUUUCAUAAUGAAUAAUGAAUAAAUUGUUGACGUAAAAGCAAUGUCACCGAAAAACUGCAACGUGCAAUUAUGGCAAGAUGUACAUGAAACAGAUACUGUUUGUAAAUGUCUCAUCAAGAUGUACAUGAAACAGAUACUGUUUGUAAAUGUCUCAUCAAGAUGUGGGUGGAGGGUGUCGAGCUUUACAUGAACCCCACUAUAACAGAAUUUAAUAGGAAAUGUACACUUCACAUUUGUGAAUAUACUUUUCAAAACCACCAUGUAGACCUACAAUUAUGCUGUAAACUUUAUUUUAGUUCUAAAGUCACUAUAAAUAAAGUGUAUGAAAACAAUGAAAAGCAUCUGUAAUCUACAACACUGUAUAUUUUCAUGUUAUCAUCAUUAUUUGUAUGAUUACUUAGAACUAUUUCUGCUACUGUCAGUCCUAUCUCAGA